AUGGUACUCGUCACAUUGAGAUUGCUUAUUUUGCAGACACACGAAUAUGCUCUGAGUCUUGGGUACUAUCCCAGCUGUCUAGGUAAGGAUGGCUUCCCCAAGAGCAUUUCGAUCAGUGUAAACGAAGUGGUCUGUCAUGCCAUUCCCGAUGACACGGUUCUCGAGAACGGCGACAUUGUAAAGGUUGAUUUAGUAAUGUACGCGGAUGGCUUCCACGGAGACACAUGCCGCACAUUCCCUUGUGGUGAAGUGGACGAGAAAGGUCUUCACUUAAUCGAAACGACUCAAAAAUGUUUGGAUGCAGCGAUCAAAGUCUGCAGACCAGGCCAAGAUUACUACCAAAUCGGUCACGCAAUCCAGCAGCUAGCGAACAAGGAAGGCUUCAACGUAGUGGAGGACUAUUGCGGCCAUGGAAUCGGUCGCUCGAUGCACAUGCUGCCGUACAUUCUGCACUUCGAUAACCGAUAUGGAGGCAAAAUGAUGGAGAACCAAGUGUUCACGAUCGAGCCGAUGCUGGUAGAAGGAAGCAACCAGGUGUACACCUGGGAGGACGGCUGGACAGUCGCGACGGUGGAUCAUGGAAGAUGUGCACAGUUCGAACACACGAUUAUUAUUCAUAAGGAUGGAGCGGAGAUCUUGACAUCGUCUGUUUGUAACAAACAAUCAAUUGGGGAGAGGGAGAGUGGCGAUGAUGAUGAUGGUGGGGAUGAUGAUGACGACGAUGAUGACGGUGGCUAUGAUGACGAGAUGCUUUCUCUUCGGUCGAUCCUUCUAAAGGUACUUCUUUGUCAUUGGCUGCUUGGGCAACUUGCUCUUGUUCUUGUUCCUGUUCUUGUUCCUGUUCCCGUUGGGAAUCAUCGGACGAUGUACAGCUUGCAAUGGUGGGGAAGAGAAGCAUGUUGGACCGGUCGAUGCCCAGUUCUUCUACCACUUCCUUCUUGUCUUUCUGCUGGUUCUGGGCGAAUUUCAGCGCCUUUUCCACCAUCCAAUACUCCUUCUCAUCCUUGUAUUUAUCCUCCGGUUUCUCGGAACGACUUCGCUUUCUACUCCUAUACAAUGAACUAA